AUGAAGAAUUUAAAACUAAUAAAAAUGAUUCCAUUGCUUAUUAUUUUGUUCCAUUCUAUCUAUGCAUGUGAUCUACCUGAUUUGCCUUCAAAUCUCAACUAUUUAUCAUCUUCUUUUGAUAUCACUCAUCAUUUAGAAAUAUCUGGAAGAUUUCUUAUUCCCCAAAAAGUACUUGAAUGGGAAUUUAUUACACAAGAAGACUCAUGAUUCAGGUAAUUAAUAAUCAGAAUUUCUAUAGAACCAAAGCUUCACAAUAUCCAUAUCAAAUUAAUAAAAGAAGAGACCCUUUUUGACUUCAGCGAAGCUGUAAAAGAUGAAUCUGCAAUGAUUUCAAGAAAAUUAAUUCCUGGAAACUAUCAUUUGUCUUUUGAAGUCACAAUGCAGUGGAAAUUUCGUGAUAAAAAGAAUUUAGAAGACUGCAAAAGCCAGAAUUUAUUUUUAAAUUUAGCAGUUCACCCAUAUUCAAAACUUGAUCAGCUAAUUCCUUCAUCCUUAGAUGAGUAUCAAAAUGGAUAUCCUGAGCUUGCAGAUGUUAAAAAUUCAAUUACUGAUUUUUUACCUUAUAAAAAUACACAGAGCACUUAUUUUAUUGACUCUUCAGCUGUUUUGCAAGGCGAUUCUACAUUAAAAACAUAUGAUUUUAUCUUGCCUGAGCCAACUGAGGAGCUUACAAACAUUGGCUUAACUGGCUUGUGAAAGCUAACUUUUACUAUCCGUAACCCAUAAAUAGAUUCUGAUUUCUUAACUGGUGGAGGCUUAGGAAUUUAUUUUGCAAAGACCAAAAAACCACUAUCAUAAAUAAAAUGGCAUUCGAGAGAAAUUGGCUUUGCUAAUUUUCUCUCCCUCAUGAAAUUUUAUACAUGGGGUUGGGUUUUCUCUCGAGAACUUCUGCACAGCAAUAGCUAUUUAACUUUGGGGACAAGAAAAGGAACAGCUCCUCACUGCAUUCAAGAGGCUCAGAGUUUUACCUCUCAGAACAUCCCCACAGGAGGAUGACCCUUAGGCGGAACACGCGCAGGAGCUGAGUCAGGGCAGAGCGACGGCAACGCGUCGGGUGAGAUGUGCGGCAGCUGGGACGAAGCGUCGAUAGAAGGCUUGGCCGGUUGGGCUAACCACCGCGAUUCCAAGAUGGCUCCGUGACGUCACUAGUUUAGCUAAAAGCCCUUUUUAGGGCUGCGGCACUAGACACCUUAAACACCGAAUAAUUAAGUUAAGCUAAGUUAAGCAAAGACCAAAAAACCACUAUCAAAAUUUUCAAAACUGCCUUGCAUUUCUACAGGCUCCUGUGUUUUCGGAAAAAGAUCAGAAAAAAAUUCAGUCUCUAUUUAUUCAAUAUUUAAUUCAGGCGAAUUCUCAAUUUCUCUCUUCUACAAAUCAAUGAUCAACGAAGAAAAAGAGAUGCUAGAUACAAUUGGAGGGAAAAUUCCCUAUUCAAUGCACAUGAAUGUAGAGCCAAUUUUUGAUAAAGAAGACAGGUUUAACUGUGAAGCUUCACAUAUCCCGCACAGCUUAAACAGCCCAGGGUUAUUAGAUUUCCGAGGAUUUUUAAGAUUUUCAGAUUUAGUAAUUGCUGAUUUGAGUGUGAAAAAACAAAUCACAGAAUUUGAAAUUUUUGAGUCCUCGAUUUUUAGGCUUGUAAUUGUGGAGCCAUCUGGGAUUGAUAUUGAUGUAUCUUUAUAUAAUUCUGAAGGAAUUCUUAUAGAGUCAAGUGAUGCUGUUGGGAGAGAUGAAGGAAUUUUGGCUGAAUUAGAAGAAGGGAAAUAUUAUAUUGAAUAUACAUUUUUAAGUAGCAUGAUGACUGGAGAACAUAUUUUUUGUGAAACUUUUUUAUUAGAAAUUGGAAUCAGCCCAGAGUCUGCGACAGAUUUGCUAGCUUAUCAUUUAGGAUUGGAAAGAAGCAAAUGUAAUGCAAAUACGGCAAGUCUUAAAGAUGCAUUUGAAAAGCUCUUGGGGAUAUUUAAGUUAUGGAGGAUUCGACCCGAACUCUUAACUGCCAUUUGAUAUGCGCGCAUUCUGUUAGGUUUUACUGUGAAGGUAGAGCGGCGAUGCUGAAUUGAUCAGUCAGUGUCCGAUCCUAACUCCCCCCCUCCGUGAGUGAACAAAACCAUUAGAAAAAUCGCUAUUUUUUGCCCACCCUCCGUGAGUGAACAAAAAUUUUUUAUGGAAAAAAAUUUUGAUAUAUAAAUGAUAAUUAAAAUAAUGAAAUCUAGAGCUAAUUCUGUUCAAUUUUAAACGAAUUGCUAUUUAAAACAUAAAUUUUAUAAAUUAAAUUAAUAUUUGCGAAUUAGAUUUUUUUAAAUUUCGAAAAAAAAUUUUUUUUAAAAAAAAAAAAUUAACCCCCCUCCGUGAGUGAACAAAAUUUUUUGUUCACUCACGGAGGGGGGGGGGGAGUAAGGGAAAUGCAACAGGAAGUUGGAAGAGUUCUCUCAGCAGUACCAGAAAAUGCUUCUUAACCAAUCGGGACACUUAACCAGUGCGAUAACAGAAGUUGCGUCUUGGGCUUUGGGUUUCCAUUUUCCGUCAACUUAUCAGAAAUUUCGGCCUUUUGAAUUUUCUACAGAAAACUGCCUUUUUUUGACAUAAAAACCUUCUGCCUUCCGAUGAGCGAGUGCAGGCUCUCUCCUAAUAAUUAGUGCACAGCAAGGCCGUGCACGAAUUAGAGAACAAGCUGUGGAGCAUAUGGAAGGGCCUUCAGCGCCUGACAGUCAGUUUAUAAUUAACGAUUAAUAAAGCUCUCGGAGUCAUUAAAUUCAGUAGAUACAAAGGUCCAGAUUGAUACUGGUAAAGAAAAUUAUUAUAAAGUGCCCAUAAACUCAAUAAAUAUCGGCGAAGAAGAAGUGUUUAGGACAGAUUUCAGCCUAAAAAUUGACGCAUUGGCUUAUAUUGAUAUUUAUUCUGACUUUGUAAUAAAUGAUUUAACUAUUGCCAUAGAAAAGAAAAAACCAGAUGUGCAUGAUCCAGAAACAAUUAAACUGGAUAAAGACGAAAGGAGGUCUUUUAAAGGUAAGCUAACUGCUGGGGACUAUAAUUUUAUAAUUAAAACAGGCCCUACCGCAAAAAAAUACUCACCUGACACUGGGGAUUAUGAAACUGCUAGCAAUAUUGAUCAAUUUAAGGUUAUUCUUAAUUGAAAAAAAUAAAUAUUUUGAAGCUUAUAGCUAGGAAUAUAUUUUAUAAAAAAAAUAAAUUAUUUGGUAAUGACAUUUUACAUUAAAUAUUUAAAUAAGAAUAUUCCAUCAUGUGCUGCAUUUCAAAUAAGAAUUAUAAUAGUAGGAACAAGCGACUCAAAAAUAAAAAAUUCUCCUUGUGACGAAGAGGGAAUAGAUUAUAUAGUUUCUUCAUUAAAUACAAUGGACAAACUCGGAGUUGCAGGCACUCCAGCAAAUUUUUUACCUACAAUCCGCUAUUUUUCUAAAAAUAUCAAAGCUCAGUCUCCAUCAAAACCUUCUAAACAAGAAAUAUCCUUUGCAGUCGAAUCAGACAGUAUCCUCAGAGUACUCGCAGAAACCGACCAAUCCGCAAUGGAACUAUCUCUCAAACAAGACGGUAAAACCAUUACUUUUGACAAAAGCAAUUCAGAGCGAACUCCUCCAUUUUACUCUAUAACCCACCUUCUUGAGCCUGACAAAUUUUAUAUUUUAGAGCUUACUUAUCAUCCUACCGAAACCAGAAUUUGCCAUACAUAUUCUUUAUUAAUCGAAAUAGCCUUAAACCAUAAAAACAGUUUUUAUAGCUGUGAGGAAAAACUGCCUAAUUCUGCUGUUAUUCAAGAAAGGCUACUUGAUAGUGGAGACAUUUUUAAAUUCAGCAAUGAUGAAGGCUACUCCAGUCUGAUUGAAGAAGAAAAGUUUUGCUAUCAGCAAAAAAAUGAGCCAUUUCUGUUAGAAGUCCCGUUUUCGAUAUCUUAUGAUGCUGCUAUGAUAACUGCAAGCUUGCAGGCAUCGUUUAUACAAGCAGGGAUUGUACUACAAAUAGAAAAAGAUGGAGAAAUCAUACAGUGGGGGUCGUAUGAAGCUUCUCAUUUGUUUAGAAUCCCAUCAUUUCCGCUGUCUAAAGGGAAUUAUACUUUGGUAUAUAAAGAAUUAUUGCCUUCAGAAAGCAAAAAUCAGGUGUCUUUUAGUACAAGUGUGUUAAUUGAAGAUGUUUCUCUAUGAGACGACAUAAGCUCUAUGAUAAGAAAAACAGAGACUUGCCCACAAAUUGAUCAGCCAUCAAGCUUAAAUUUAGUUGGACAACUAGAAUCAGGAAAUCUGCAUUGGCAUAAAACAUUAGAAAUGGACGUUUUUGCGAGCUUGACUAUUUUUAGGUUUAUCAUUUCAGAAGACUCAAUAAUAAGGGUAUUUAUUGUUCCACAAGAUGAUAUUAUUUUUGAAAUUCGACUUAUGAAUACUGAAAAUCCUGACAGUUUAAUAAACGCUACAAUUUCAGACCCUUCACAGGGCUUGCAUACAAGGAUUAUUCCAGGGCCAUAUAUGCUUGAAAUCAGCUACACUGGAGACUCAAGUUUAUCUUUAAAGAAAAGCUGCCCAUCAUAUGAAAUGGACUUGCAGAUUAUUACAAUAAAUCAAUAUUAUACCUUGACAAAUAAAAUUUCUUGUGAUUUUUUACCUCCUUUACCAUCUUCUUUUGAUGGAUUGCUAGGGAUUUUUGAUAGAUAUAUGAUGAAGGAUAUCAUAGAUCAUAGCAUUUUUAUGGGUUUAAAUAAAGAUACAGAAAUAACAGCAAGUAUUGCAUAUGAAAAUUCAGUGACUGGUUAUUUAUCAAUGGAAAUUUUAGAUGAAAAAAAUAGUAUUGCAAAAUCGAUAGGGAUUGAAAAUUAUAGUGAAAUUUUUGCGAAACUUACGAAAGGAAAGUACGUUUUGAGGAUAAUUUUGUCGAAAAAUAUUGAACUUUCUUUAUGCUGGCCAUUACAAUUGUCAAUUCAGUCUACAGAAACUUUAUUGGACUCAGUUUGUCUUGGAGAUAGUUUGCCGAGCUCAUUGCUUUCUUCUCGGUCUAAAAAAUUUGGAGGCCCACAGCUUGGAGAUGGUUCUGUUUCUUUUUAUGGAACAUUUUUAGUAAACCCUAAAAUCAGGACAGAAACUAUCAAACUUUUUAUACCACAGUCAGUCAUUGGAAGAAUAGUCACAAUUUCUCAUAAUUCUGGAAUGUUUAUUGAAAGUGCUAUUUACAAAGAAAAAAAUCUAGCUGAGCCUGUUGUUUAUUCAAAAAACCGCCUGGCAACUGGUAGCUUAAUUGUAGCAUUGAGUGGCCAAGCUUCACCUUAUUUUUUAGUUUUAACUUAUAUUAUAGAUAAAGCUGAGCCUUGUUUGACUUUUGACUUAAAAAUUGCAAUAGAAACUGUAGUAAAAGUAAAAAAUAUUUUGGAGUGCAUGACAAACAAUGAUAAUCCCAAUUCGCUGCUUCCUAAGCCACAAAUUAAUUUUGGUGACGAAAAAGAAAUAUAUGGCUCAGACAUGUUUUCUGUACAAGACUCAUGGAUUAUUGGAGAAAAACAAAAUUUUCCUCCAGGAAUAGUCUCUAAUGGAGAAAAAGGCUCAAAUUGGGUUUAUGAAAUAAAAAUGAAUAUCAAAAGAAAAGCCACUGUUUCUAUUGAGACAAAUUACAAUUUCUUAACAAAUGAUAUGAAUUUUCAGAUUUUGAAAGAAAAAAAAGUUAUUGCGAAAAGUAGCUGGGAAAUAAUUACUGAUGAACAAAUGGACGAAAUUAUCAAUUUUUCAAGUAUUAUUUCUAAUGAAGAAAUAGAUCCAGGGCUAUAUACUAUUAGAAUCAAGCAAGGACUUGGGACUAAUUUUUUGGUACAAAGAUAUGAUGAAACAAAAAUAUGUUUGCCUUUUGCAUUUUUUAUUGAAUAUUUGCCUAUUGAAAACAAAGUGGCUGGAAAUAGUCUUUCUAUGGUGGAUCCUGAUAAAAAUGAUGUUCAUAAUUUAAAUGAAGAUUUAGUGCUUAUGAUGAUAUUUCAAGACCCAAUAGAUAAAACUCUUCCUGGGCUGAAAAAAUCAGUGUACUUAUUAAGUGAAACUGAUGAAAAAGUUGUAGCAGACUCUAUGGGAGUAAGUACUAGUUAUCUGAAUAAGCUAAAACUUACCUUUAGCAGCUCUAAGUUAAAGCCAAAAACCUGCUAUUUCUUAAAAAUUGAUGAAGCAGCAAUAUCUUCAGCUUUAUUAUCAGAUGGACUUGAGCAUAAAUAUUGCACUAUGGGAUGUCUUUGUAAUCCAAAGUCCAAUGCUAUUUGCAGUGAGACUUUUUCUUGCCUAUGUUCUUCUCCAUAUACAGGCAAUGACUGCUUUUCCUGUGUUGAAGGAUUUUACAUGAUUGAAAAUGAAUGUGUCCAGCAAAACAUUAAAGAUUCUCCUUCAAUAAAAAGCGUAAAAUUUGAAGACCCAGAACCAUUUAACAAUAAAAAAUACAUCACUUUGUCUGUCUCUCUUACUUCAGCUCCAUACAACAAUAACCUGAAAAGCAUUACAGAACAAAAACACCAGGAGGACAUGAUAAAUGCAUUUAUUAUUAUAAAUAUGCUCAAUGGAGACACUAUAAAAGCAAUUUCAGCACGCCCAAUAAAUAAAGGAUUGACUAAAUGGGAACUAAAAUUUGAAACAGAAAAAUUUACUGAUGGGUAUAAUGCAAUUAAGCAAAAUGGAGGGAUUUUAUUUGACGUUGAGGGCAGAAGUUUUGCUCUUGAUUGUGAGCUUCCAUUUUUCCAAUAUGAAAAAGAAGAAAUUGAAUGUGGAAAUAAUGGAAAAGUUAUUGAUGGUACUUGUGUGUGCAAUUUAGGGUAUUUUGGGGAAAAAUGCGAAUUAUGCGCUGAAGGGUAUUUUAAAAAUAAAUCUGGUGAGUGUGCAGAGGUUAAAAAUAAUGAAAAUGGGGUGGUUAUUUCAAAUAGAGAUAAAAAUGAUACUGGAUCAGGAAUUGCACAGGGUGAAUGCAUAGCUAAUGGUUAUAUAAAAGAAAAUGAUAAAUGUGUUAGGAAAAUAAAACAAAGUGAAGAAAAACAUGAAAAUAAAAGUAGCUGAUGGAACUAUGUUUACCUUGUGGUUUAUUUUAUAAUUAGCGUUGUUGUUUUAUGCUUAAUCAACAAAAUGAGAAAAAUAGAAAAAACACCUAGAGAUGGCUCAAUUGAAAUGAGAACUGGAAAUAUUCAAUAUGAAGAGCAAAAACUUAUAGAACCUUACCAAACUUAAAUUAGAGAAAUCUAGAUGCCUAAUGUCGUGCUUAACGUCCACUAUGGGGUGGCCGCCACCAUUUUAUAAAGUUGAGUAGACAGGCCAGUGCGCCGAUCUGCUUCAAUUCGCCAAGGCAUGGUUGAAAAAGGUGCUGCCAGCUUCGUUAGCUCAAGAGUGAGUGACUUCUGUCUCUGUUGGCGCAGAAUAGUGACUAAAGCUCCUUCGCUGCUGCAUGAUGGAAGUGAGAAAGCCACAGACAACACUUUCAAAUUCCUUAGGGUCAGGCCAAAGGCAGGCACUUCCCCUAAAGUUGCCUACCUGUCUUGUCUGGGAUAGAAUUCAAUGUAAAACUAAACCUCAUACUCAUUAAAUGCAAAAUGAGCGAUACCGAUAGACAUAUCGGUAGUUUAAGAAUGCCGCUAUUUUAUGAUCACAGAAUCUAGCCCAAGCAGAUAUGACACAAAAGGUAAAUAUUAUGAUUAA